GCGGAGGGAUCAAGUCGUGACCUCGAGGAAGAGCCUUCAAGUUGCCGAGGGACCGAGGAUGUCCUUUGACCUCCGCGCGGCGUCACGUGGACUGACGGGGGCGGGGCGAGAAAGCUAGAUCAGUUCCUUCCGGGUCAGUGACAGGCGUCUUCUCCACGAGGUAGUUCGUGGCUUCUUGAAUCUUCCUACUUCCAGCGUUUGGUGAUUGUGAUUUCGGCGAUGAGCUCGCAGAGAGGCAACGUGGCCCGUUCCAGGCCUCAGAGACAUCAAAACACGUUUAGCUUCAAAAAUGACAAGUUUGAUAAGACUGUUCAGACCAAGAAAAUUAAUACAAAACUUCAUGAUGGAGUAUGUCAGCGCUGUAAAGAAGUUCUUGAAUGGCGUGUAAAAUACAGCAAAUACAAACCAUUGUCAAAGCCUAAAAAAUGUGUUAAAUGUUUACAAAAGACAGUGAAAGAUUCUUAUCACAUAAUAUGUAGACCAUGUGCCUGUGAACUUGAAGUUUGCGCAAAAUGUGGAAAGAAAGAAGACAUUGUUACUCCGUUUAAUAAAGAAACAGAAAAGACAGAAAACAUUGAAAAUAAUCCACAUUCCAAUUGUAGAAGAAGCUGCAGAAGAAAUAAAGAAGAAAGUGAUGACUUAGAUUUUAAUAUUGAUUUAGAUGACUCAGAAGAAGAUGACAAUCAAAUAGAUUAAUAUAUUAAAAGUCAGUGUGAAAACAUGAAAUUCUGAACAACUUUUUAUUUGAGGGUUUUACAGAAAAAUACUGUGAAAUCCUAAUAAAGAAUUUAGAAUAACCUAUAGAAAAUGAUAACAUUUAUACAUGGACAAUAUAAAUUGUGUAUAAUAUUUGAACAAUUAUAUAACUUAUGCAGACUUUUCUUACAAUAAAUUUCUAAGUAGCAUAUGCUAGAAGAUCUGCCCAGUGAGCAUUGGGGUAUCAUAAUGCAGUUCAUGGGAAUUAUAUAGAAGAAUAUCAAAGUAACAAGAUUCAGAAUUGAUGGUUUUGUAAGAACUAUCUCAUAGAAAAAAUCCGAUGACAUUAUUGCUAGCCUCAAAAAUGGGUCCUCAGGUGUGUUCCUUUUGAUAAAUUUAUCUCAAGUAAAUGACCCAUAAACAAAAGCCCCCUAACUUAAUGUUUGGUUGCUUUAUAAAGCAGAAAGUUGAUUUUUAAAAUAAUAAUGUUUAACAAGUAUGUAGCAGUUUUUUUAAAUGCAUUUUUAUCAUCACAUUUUAACCUUUUUUCUUUUAUAAAGUAUACAUACAGAAAACUGCAUAAAAUAUGUAUGUAUAAUUUAGUAAAUACUUAUAAAGAAAACUCAUACAUCUAUCACACAGAUGAAGAACUACUCCUAAACAAUGUAAAUUAGCUUUAUCUGAUUUUUGAACUUUUUUUCUUUUUACUAUGAAAAAUCUCAAACCUAAAGAAAAGUAGCAAAAUAAUGCAAUGAACCUUUGUAUAAUCCUACCUAGGUUCAUAUUUGUUAACAGUUUGUACAUUUUGUUUGUAUCUGAAUAGGUGGAUAUGGAUAUAUAUUUUUUAUUUGCUGAACCAUUUAAAAAUAAGUGGCAGGCAUUAGUUUUGAAUACACUUAUGCACAUUAUUUUGUACCUCUUCUUUAUUUUAUUAAUAUGAAAUUUGUGAGAUUGAUUCAGGUUGUUGCAAAAGCUGUUACUAGUUCAUUUAGAUGUCUCUGUUUUAUUCUAUUGUAUUUAUGUACCAUGAUUUUAUACUCUCUAAUGUUGAGAGCCAUUUGAGUUAUCUCAAUUUUUCCCUAUUACAAAGAAUACUGCUUUGAA